ACCUCGCCACCAUCGGACCACGACGCUCACCUCGACCUUGCCUCGACUACUUACAUCACGUCGUUGUACUGAUCCUGCCAUCUCUGCUCGCCGAGGCAUCAUGGAUGCAAGCAGUAGCCAUGCGAGUCCGGCCCUGCCGGUGCCCCAAACUCGCAAAGCGAUUGAGGACGAGAUCGCCCGCUACCUGAAUCACGUCUUCGACCUCAGAACGCGCCUGAACACCUUCGCACCCAUAUCCGUACUUCCUCCGGAGGUGCUCUCCGAAGUCUUCAUGCGUACGGCGGGCCCCUAUGCUAGCCUGCCGUGGACCACCCGCCCGUACGAGUGGAUUCGCAUCUCCCACGUCUGCAGGCACUGGCGAAACGUGGCGCUGGGCUGCCCUGCUCUCUGGGGACAAUUGGUGGUGACGACGCGGCAUGAGUGGACGGAGGAGCUACUGGAGCGAGCCAAGAAGGCGCCCCUCUAUGUCACCGUAGACUUGCGGACCGCGCCCGCCAUGUCGUCGUUUCGCGCGGGGACCGUAUCGCCGAAGGAGGAGUCGCUGGCGUUGGUGCUCUCGCAUAUGUCACGCGUACGCUCGUUGUCUAUCACGACCUCUGGCGAGCGUCCGUUGACAGCUAAAACCCUACAACUGCUGGACGGGCCCGCCCCUUGUCUCGAAUCGCUGACUGUCCGGUGCGGGGAUGUCGGGCGCACUUCCCCCGGCGAGUAUGACCACAUUCACCACAUGUUGCACCAUCCCGAGACUGGCCGUCUCCGACAUCUGGAGCUACAGGCCGUCUCCCUGCACUGGCACAAGACUUCGUUGCCGCACCUGACACACUUGACCAUCUCCAACAAACCCCAUCAGUUCAGAACAUAUGUCGCCCCCGAGACUAUGCUUGCUGCCAUCGCGCAGAUGCAUCAUCUCGAAGAGCUCGUGAUCGAGUCAGCAUUGACCGUACCUGCCGACUAUAAUCAAGUCCCGAUGGCGUCAACUCAAGCCUCCUUGCCUAACCUGUGGUCCCUGCGCAUCUCGGAUACUACGCCGAACACCAUUUGCCUCCUGAAUCACCUGACAACCCCGGCGCUCUCGCGCAUUUUCGUGGAAGUAGACUCGAAUUGUACAAGGCAAUUGCGGGGUGAUCUCCUCGCUGCCAUAGCUGCCAAGACGUCUAGCUUGGGGACCCUGCUCAGCUUUGUUGUCACCCUCGCCCACGUCUCAAUAACCUUGCAGGCAUACAGAAGGGGCUUCGGAUGCGAAGCGAUGAAAAACGGUGCGAGCCGACCGAAGGAGCACACUCCCGAACUGGAGGUGCGCUUCGGGCGAUUCGACGUUGAAGUUGUCAUCACCAAGGCCUGUGAACUGUUCCCCAUCCGUGACGUACAACAUCUCUUCGUCUCCGGGACGUCAUUGUCCAAAGAGUCGUGGCUCGCUCUCCUCAGGAGCACGCGGAAGGUCACGGAGCUCAGUAUCAUGGAUGGCGCGAAUGAUGACCCUCUCCCGGAAGUGCUAACCGAUCGGCCACGCGGACGCAAGAAGAAAGCAUACGUACUGCCUCAGCUCCGUCACCUCAUUCUGGAGGACUGUUACUUCGGAGACCACAGCGACGAGUAUGAAUACGGUGGUGACGAAGAGUUGGAGGACCAGGACAGGCUCGCUGGGCGUCUGCUCGACUGCUUCAUGGCGCGGUACGAGUAUGGCGUGGAGAUUGAGCAGCUGCACAUCAUCCGCCCUAUCAACAUCUUUUGGUCAGAGAUCGACGAGCUGAAGGAGGUUGUGCGCUACGUGGACUGGGAUGAGACAAUAGAGUACGAUGAAAAGGAACGCUUCACGGACGAUUCGUACGACGACUUUGAGGAAAGCGAGAUUGAUCCCUAUGAAGACGAUCCCUAUGAAGAAGAUCUCUUUUGGGGCUACGGGGACGUCUGGGAUGGCGGCUUCUUCUAGGUUUGCUUGCCUAUGUCUCACUUGCUGGGACAUCAUGCAUCAUGUAUUGUU